GCCUGUCUGGGAUCCCACCUCGAGCGAGGAACCAGGGGAUGAAGGCGUCGGGGACCUGGCUCCUGGGCCUGCUGCUGCUGGGCCUGGCCCUGCGGGGCGCUGCGAACCGAGCCCACCAGCACUCCAUGGAGAUCCGCACGCCAGACAUCAAUCCUGCCUGGUACACGGGCCGCGGGAUCCGGCCUGUGGGCCGCUUCGGCCGGAGGAGAGCCGUGCUGGGGGAUGGACGGAAGCCUGGCCUCGGACACCUGCCAGCCUGCUUGCCUCUGGGAGGAGGCGCUGAGCCCGCUCACAGGGGCUGACAGCCUGCUCAUCCAGGGGGAGCUCCCGGAGCCGCCCCUCCUCCACAGGCUACUGUCCCUUCAGUCCUAAUAAAAGCAGCUGGCCUUCUCCACGUGCGUCUGUGUGGUGACAAAGUGGGAGGUGCUUUCCUUCCUGGGACCUUAGCCCAGCAGGACUCUCAGAGCCCAGCACCCAGAGGUGCCGGGACUUGACCAGGGGCACCCAGCACAGAGUUAGGGGGACCGGGACGUGCUGGGUCAUCUGCAGCCUGUACCAACCCUCCCCCAAGCUGCCCUGAAUGGCUACCGAGGCUGGGCACUGCACAAGGCCGCUGUGCAUGAGGCCCCAGAGGAGGGCAGCACAGCCCCUCAGCCUGACCUGUCCCUCUCUCUGUCCUAGUCCUUUUGCCCCCCCGUUGGUCCUCAGAGGAGAAAAAAAAGCAUGGGUUGCUUGUUUCCAAUACUCUAGGUUCAAGUAUUUCCCGCCCACGUUGCAUCCCUUUGCUGCCUGUUUCAAAUCCCUCGGGCCUGUCUCUGGGUCCAGCCUCAGAUGUAACUCGCUUUGGUGCUGGGAACACUCGCCACUAACUGGGCAACUGUGCCCAGCCCCUAACUUCUCUGAGCCCCGGAAUUGAGGGUUGUGAUAUCCGAGUCAUUCCUGAGCUCAGGUUGGCCCAGCACCUGCACGCCAGCCGACACGUGUGGAUGCUUCAUGAAUGAAAACCCCCUUCCCCAGGGCACCCCCGCCCCCCGCGUCCAGUGCUGGGGUGGGGGGUGGCCAGGUUUAACCAGUUGCUUCUGAGCCCAGAGCUCAGUGCCUGUCAGGCCUCUUUCUGCAGGGUCUCCUGCCCUGACUCCAGGACUCCCUCUGUCCGUCCACACUCAGGAGGGCUCAGGACACAAGUCCCGAAGGACCCCAGACCCCAGUGUCCCCUCUCCAAAUCCAGAAGGCGGGUGGCCAGCUGGAGGAGGCUGAACUAGCCCAGACCACCCAGGCGGGGCUUCCCAGCCACAGGGAGGCUGGAAGUGGGUCAGGGGCAGAAGUCCAGUCUGCUCCCAGGAGAGGUCCUGCUGCACUGACACCCCCCUCCCCGCCAGGGGGGGAUAGUGCAAUUGGGGACAGGAGAGGGGCAGGGCCUGUUCCCAAGGGGGCAAGUGCUGAGCCAGGCCUAGAGGAGUGGAGAGCCCAGGAGAGCAGUUUGGUGGCUCUUUGAAAACAAAACAUCGAGGAGGUGCCCUUGUGGU